UCGGCGUCGGCGUCGGCGUCGGCGUAGAUGUCAACAUCCCCGUGGGGGAGAACUUAAAGAGACCUGGCACUUUACUAUUGUAUCUUGAUUUCAAAAUCCCCCAACACAUUCUUCCAAAAAAUGGCUGCUUCAAUGCUUCGAAUGCCUUCUAUGGCAGCUGCGCGUCAUGUUCGCUGCUUCAGCUCUUCACCUCGCCAAUAUGCUGCUGCAGAGGUCAAGAAGCUUGGUGUUAUCGGUGCGGGUCAAAUGGGAUUGGGAAUUGCUCUUGUUGCAGCUCAAAAGGCCCAGGUCCCAGUUACUUUGAUUGAUACUUCAGACAAGGCUCUGGACAAGGGCAUCGCCUUUGCUGAGAAACUCCUAGCAAAGGAUGUCUCCAAGUCAAGGAUCACACAAGAGCAGGCCGACAGCGCUCGUUCUCUUCUUAGUACGAGCACCAAGAUGGAAGAUCUCUCCUCUGCAGACAUGGUUAUCGAGGCUGUUCCUGAGCUGCCCAAUCUCAAGUUUGACAUAUUUGGCAAGCUGGCUCAGAUCUGCCCCAAGCAUGCUAUUCUCGCUACAAACACCUCUUCUAUCUCCAUCACACGCAUCGCCGCUGCCACUACCAAGGAUCCCACUGAUACCUCAGCUUCGUCUCGUGUUGUGUCGACACAUUUCAUGAACCCCGUCCCUGUACAGAAGGGCGUUGAGAUCAUCAGCGGUCUACAGACCAGCCAGGACACUCUCGACACCGCCAUCGAGUUCUGCAAGCGCAUGGGCAAGAUCACUUCGGUGUCCGCCGACUCUCCCGGAUUCCUUGCCAACCGUAUCCUCAUGCCUUACAUCAACGAGGCGAUUAUUUGUCUCGAGACCGGUGUUGGGGAUCGUGAUUCCAUUGAUGCCAUCAUGAAGAACGGCACAAACGUGCCCAUGGGUCCUCUUCAGCUUGCUGAUUUCAUUGGUCUCGAUACAUGUCUUUCUAUCAUGAAGGUUCUGUAUGAGGAGACCGCCGACUCCAAAUACAGGCCGAGCGUCUUGCUGAAGAACAUGGUCAACGCUGGGUGGUAUGGUAAGAAGAGCGGCAAGGGCUUCUACGACUACUAAGUCACUGCCUCACCAGAUCUUCGGCUAUGAGCAUACCUGGUCAAAUUUUACGAUACUCUUCGUAAGAUUAUCUAGAUAAAAAUAAAACAGUAAUAAUGUUCAGGUUACCCUAUCCUGAGAGUUGCUCUGGGCCAAUUCAUACAUUACAGCUUCUUGCCUAACCUUAAGGUGCCAAAAAUAAAUAGUCUAAAGCCUACUAAAUCUG